AUGGACAUUUCAAAAAUGGAGAGAUAUGUGGGUCCGGUUAAUCCGGCACAUUUCCCGCAACUGACGAUAUCGCUCUGUGGCUUGGGCCUUUUCUUCAUGGCAUGGUUUUUGGUGUACGAAGUGACUUCCAACAAGUACACCCGCAAUAUCGCAAAAGAACUGCUCAUCGCCACCAUCGCAGCAUUCUUCCUUGGAUUCGGAUCGCUUUUCCUUCUCCUGUGGGUUGGAAUCUAUGUUUAG